AUGCGGCCAGCUCGAGACAACGCAUCAGGUGCGACUAGCCUGCGGGUUCCUGCCGACUUGGCGCGGAGCACUUUGGCAAGCCUGCCCUUCCCGCCUGACCCGCCGGCCCCCCGGCCCCCAAGCGCCCCUCCGACGGAGUCCCCAGGCCUUUUCACCGUGGCCGCUCCAGCCCCGGGAGCGCCUUCUCCUCCCGCCACUCUGGCGCACCUUCUUCCCGCCCCGGCCAUGUACAGCUUGCUGGAGACCGAGCUCAAGAACCCCGUGGGGCCACCCGCCCCAGCGGCAGGCGCGGGCGGCCCCGCAGCCCCCGGCGGCGCAGGCAAGAGCGGCGCGAACGCAGCCGGCGGAGCGAACGCAGGCGGCGGCAACGGCGGGGGUUCGAGCGGCGGGGGCGGGGGCAGCGACCAGGACCGCGUGAAGCGGCCCAUGAACGCCUUCAUGGUGUGGUCCCGUGGGCAGCGGCGCAAGAUGGCCCUGGAGAACCCCAAGAUGCACAACUCCGAGAUCAGCAAGCGCUUGGGCGCCGACUGGAAACUGCUGACCGACGCCGAGAAGCGGCCGUUCAUCGACGAGGCCAAGCGACUGCGCGCCGUGCACAUGAAAGAGUACCCGGACUACAAGUACCGGCCGCGCCGCAAGACCAAGACGCUGCUCAAGAAGGACAAGUACUCCCUGCCCGGAGGCCUGCUGCCCCCCGGCGCCGCCGCCGCCGCCGCGGCCGCCGCCGCCGCCGCCGCCGCCAGCAGCCCGGUGGGCGUGGGCCAGCGCCUGGACACGUACACACACGUGAACGGCUGGGCCAACGGCGCGUACUCGCUGGUGCAGGAGCAGCUGGGAUACGCGCAGCCCGCUACCAUGAGCAGCCCGCCGCCGCCGCCCGCGCUGCCGCAGAUGCACCGCUACGACAUGGCCGGCCUGCAGUACAGCCCCAUGAUGCCGCCCGGCGCCCAGAGCUACAUGAACGCCGCCGCCGCCGCCGCCGCCGCCUCGGGCUACGGGGGCAUGGCGCCCUCGGCCGCCGCCGCCGCGGCCGCCGCCUACGGGCAGCAGCCCGCCACCGCCGCCGCCGCGGCUGCCGCCGCGGCCGCCAUGAGCCUGGGCCCCAUGGGCACGGUGGUGAAGACCGAACCCAGCUCGCCGCCGCCCGCCAUCACGUCGCACUCGCAGCGUGCGUGCCUCGGCGAUCUGCGCGACAUGAUCAGCAUGUACCUGCCACCCGGCGGGGACGCGGCUGACGCCGCUUCGCCGCUGCCCGGCGGCCGCCUGCACAGCGUUCACCAGCACUACCAGGGCGCUGGGACUGCCGUCAACGGAACGGUGCCGCUGACCCACAUCUGA